CGCACCGAGCUCCCCGGCGCUGCCAUCCUCGCCUCCGCCGCCCCGGCGGCUCCGCGCAGCGCCCGCGCAGCGGGUCGGCAUCUUCAUGGGCUGCCACCAUGCUUGGGCCCUGGAGAUUUCGGGCGAAGAUGAAGAGCACUGACAGCCAUCGCUGCUUAUAAUCAGUAACUCUGAUGUUUGGAGUGUUGGCAAUGAGAUAUUUUCAUGAGACCUAUUUAGAUCUCUCCACUUCUACCAGGCUAGUUUUGCAGAACAUUGGGAAUAAGCGCUAUGUCAGAUAUGGAUGAGACUCCGAAGAUGACCUGCAUGUUUUACAUUUUUCACAAAUUUUGGGAAAUAAAAUGCAUGCUUGCUGCUCUACAGUAACUUUGGAACAGGACCUCAACAAAAAAAUGCAUAUCUGGAUGCUGCAGACGAUCGCAUUUGCUUUAACAUCACUAGUCCUUUCCUGGGCAGAAAGCAUCGAGUAUUAUGGGGAAAUCUGUGAUAAUGCGUGUCCUUGUGAGGAGAAGGACAGCAUCUUAACAGUGAGCUGUGAAAACAGAGGGAUCAUCAGCCUUUUUGAGAUCAGUCCACCGAGGUUCCCUGUUUACCACCUCUUGUUGUCUGGGAACCUGCUGAACAGGCUGUACCCAAACCAGUUUGUCAAUUACACGGGGGCUUCGAUUUUACAUCUGGGGAGCAAUGACAUACAAGACAUCGAAACUGGGGCCUUUCAUGGUCUGAGAGGCUUAAGGAGGCUGCACUUGAACAAUAACAAGUUGGAACUUUUACGGGAUGACACUUUCCUUGGGCUAGAGAGUUUGGAAUACCUACAGGUCGAUUAUAAUUACAUUAGUGUCAUUGAACCCAAUGCCUUCAGCAAACUGCAUCUGUUGCAGGUGCUGAUUCUCAAUGAUAACCUCCUCUCCAGUUUGCCCAACAACCUUUUCCGUUUUGUGCCCUUAACUCACCUGGACCUGAGGGGUAACCGGCUGAAGCUGCUGCCCUAUGUGGGCCUCCUGCAGCACAUGGAUAAAGUGGUGGAGCUGCAGCUGGAGGAAAACCCCUGGAAUUGCUCUUGUGAGUUGAUUGCUCUAAAGGAUUGGCUGGACAGCAUCUCAUACUCCGCGCUGGUGGGAGACGUGGUUUGCGAGACCCCUUUCCGCUUACAUGGUCGAGACUUGGAUGAAGUCUCUAAGCAGGAGCUUUGCCCCAGGAGGCUCAUCUCUGAUUAUGAAAUGAGACCUCAGACACCACUGAGCACUACAGGGUAUUUCCACACUACCCCGGCCUCGGUCAACUCUGUGGCCACUUCUUCUUCAGCUGUUUACAAAUCUCCCCUGAAGCCCCCCAAAGGGACCCGCCAACCCAACAAGACAAGGGUGCGCCCCACCUCCCGCCUGCCCUCGAAAGACCUGGGAUACAGCAACUAUGGCCCCAGCAUUGCCUACCAGACCAAAUCCCCGGUGCCUUUGGAGUGCCCCACUGCCUGCACUUGCAACUUGCAGAUUUCUGACCUGGGCCUCAAUGUCAAUUGUCAGGAGAGGAAGAUUGAGAGCAUUUCUGAACUGCAGCCCAAACCCUAUAAUCCCAAGAAGAUGUAUUUGACGGAAAACUACAUUGCGCUGGUACGCAGGGCAGAUUUUGUGGAUGCCACUGGGCUGGAUUUGCUGCAUCUGGGCAAUAAUCGGAUCUCGGUCAUUCAGGACCGGGCUUUUGGGGAUUUAACUAAUUUGCGAAGGCUGUACCUGAACGGGAACCGGAUCGAGCGGCUGAGCCCAGAGUUGUUCUAUGGGCUGCAAAGCCUGCAGUACCUCUUCCUGCAGUACAAUGUCAUCCGGGAGAUAGAGGCAGGCACCUUUGAAUCCGUCCCCAACCUUCAGCUCUUGUUUUUGAACAACAAUCUGCUGAGGUCUUUGCCAGGGAACAUUUUUUCUGGUCUGUCUCUCUACAGGCUGAGCCUGCGGAGCAACCACUUCUCCUACCUGCCGGUGAGCGGGGUGCUGGACCAGCUGAAAUCCCUGCUGCAGAUCGACCUGCACGAGAACCCCUGGGACUGCACCUGCGACGUGGUGGGCAUGAAGCUGUGGCUGGAACAGCUCAACACCGGUGUCCUGGUGGACCAGGUGAUCUGCGAGUCCCCUAAGAAGUUUGCCCAGAGCGACAUGCGGGCCGUCCGGGCGGAGCUGCUGUGCCCCGACUACUCGGACAUCGUCGUCUCCACGCCCACGCCGUCCCCGGGCCAGCUGCCGGCCAGGACCACCCCCUCCUCCUCCACCGUGCGCCUCAAUGGCACGGCGGCGGCGGCGGGCGGCUCCGCGCCCGCGGGCGGCGCCGGCGGCGGCAGCUCCUCGGUGCCGCUCUCGGUGCUGAUCCUCAGCCUGCUGCUCGUCUUCAUCAUGUCCGUCUUCGUGGCGGCGGGGCUCUUCGUCCUGGUCAUGAAGCGGCGCAAGAAGGGCCAGGGCGACCACGCCAGCGCCAACAACUCCGACGUGAGCUCCUUCAACAUGCAGUACAGCGUCUACAGCGGCGGCGGCCACCACCACCACCCGCACCUCCAGCAGCACCCGCCCCACCGCGGCGGCGGCGGCGGCGGCGGCGGCGGCGGCGCGGCGCUGCCCAAGGUGAAGACCCCCGCCGGCCACGUCUACGAGUACAUCCCGCACCCGCUGGGCCACAUGUGCAAGAACCCCAUCUACCGCUCCCGGGAGGGCAACUCGGGCGAGGAUUACAAAGACCUUCACGAGCUCAAGGUCACCUACAGCAGCCACCCGCUGCCGCCCGGGGGGGGCGCGCCGCCGCCCCCGCCGCCCGCGGCGCCCGGCGGGGAGGAUGCGCCGGCGCGCAGCCCCGCGUACAGCGUGAGCACCAUCGAGCCGCGGGAGGAGCUGCUCUCGCCGGUGCAAGACGCCGACCGCUUUUACAGGGGCAUUUUGGAGCCCGACAAACACUCCCCAUCCACGCUGGGCACCCCCGGCUCCACCCUCCCCGACUACCCCAAGCUCCCCGCCGCCUACACGUACUCGCCCAACUAUGACCUUAGGCGUGCCCACCAGUACUUGCACCCGGGGCCGGGGGACGCCAGGCUCCGGGAGACGGUGCUCUACAGCCCCCCGAGUACUGUCUUUGUAGAGCCCAACAGGAACGAGUAUCUGGAGCUAAAAGCAAAACUAAACGCAGAGCCGGACUACCUCGAAGUGCUGGAAAAACAGACCACAUUCAGCCAGUUCUGAGAAACAGCCCCCCCGCCCCCCGUCCCCUCGCCAGUCUCAGCAGCUCCUUCUCUAGAGUAUUUGUAUUUAACAACCACACGCAAAACAAAGAAACGUAAAUGCUGACCUCCCUACACACACACACCUCGCCCCCCCCCCCCCCCCCCUUUUUCCCCCUUUAAUUCAUUUUAUUGUAGGGUGAAGUGCCUUGGCACAGGACUUUUCAGCUUCGGGGAAUGAUUCUGAAAGGGUGUGCUGUUCAGUUUGGUUUGGUUUUGGUUUUUCUUUUCUGUUACUGCAUUUGGAAGUCGGAGACCACCUAUUGUGUGAAAUGGGCACAGCACUGGCACUGUGCGGGUGUCCAUGUGUGUUUGGGGAAGGUGGCAGGAGGUUUCAUGGUUUCUUGUCAGGUCACAUUCAGGAUUCAGGUCGUGCUUUUAUUUUCUUUUUUUUUCUUUUUUUUUUACAGACAUUCUUUAGUUUAAUUUUCUCUCUGGUUGAAGAGUACAGCGCACAUUUUCCCCUUUUAGCCAUGGGUGAGUCUAAAUGGCUUUUAUGGAGAGAUUAGCACACCCCGACUUUAAUACAAGGUUUCCUUUUUUUAAGGAUGUGUUUGUAUACUUUCUGGACUUUUGAAUUAAAAAAAAAAUAUAUAUUAUGAUCUUUAAAGGGAUCACUGUAGAUGUGGACAAAUCAUUAAAGAGUGCAGAGAUAUAUGAUCCAUAACUGGUUAGUGAAAAUAACUUAUUGAUGAAAUAUAAAAAAAAUAUUUUAUUGUAGCACCUAUUUUUAUAUGCACAUUAGCAUUUCUCUUUCCUUCACUAUUUUAGGGCCUAAUCUUGCAAAUUUUUAACUCACUUGAGUAUCUCUAUUUGUGAAAGAAGUCCCAGCUUAGGCCUUCAUCCUGCAGGCACUUAAGCACAUGGACAACUUUACCAAUGCGUGUAGUUCUGGAGACUCACUCAUUGGGCAAAGUUUGUCAAAAGCCCAAAAAAUUAGGAAAGAGGAUGCAGAAUUCUUCUUACAAGUAAAAAUACUGGAAUGUUUGAGUGUUUCUUUCUUUCUUUUUUUUUUUUUUUUUUUAGGAUGGGGUCCAAUGGUUGUGGAUUGCUUUAAAGUAUUGCACUACAGUGAGAGCUUUUUUCCCAAAUCUGAUAUAGUAUCAGAGGACCUUUUAAAUCUCUAUAGAUAAUGCCAGUAAUGACCAAAUCUUAACAGACAAUCGGAGACAUAAAAUCUGAUCACAAUAGGAAAAAAAUCAUGUUUCUCUAUUGAAAAAAUGUGUCUUUUAGCAACCUCCUGCUCAGGAGUGUGGUUGGGCAAACUAGUGAGGGACAUGUAGAAGGCAUUCAUUUUAUCAGUUAAAAAAGGUUCAUUUUUGAUUUGUCGGUUUCUUUUUUUUUCUUUUUUUAAAAAAAUUUUGUAUUAGUUAACCAAAAUAUAAUGAUUUUGCAACUGUUGUAGCCAGUUUAUGAUUGUUUAGUCGAGUACAAUUGCACUUGUACAGAUCCACAUGUUUACUGGCAUCCUGAAAGACCAAAUGAUGGACUGUACACAUCUCUAUAAAAUGUCUUUACCCCUUUGGGCAGCAGGCAAUGGCAAGGAUAUUCAUAAACACAGCAUCACUGUAAGAUGGGACAACUGAUGUCUCAUAUGUAUCCCAGCACAUGUGAUUUUUUAAUAGUUUCUGAAUAAACACUUGGUAAAUAUUUCAAAUGUAA